AAGGCGCAGCUCCUCUAACCCCCACCCAACGGUCAAAAAUACCUAAUCCCUCAUAUAUCCAUUUUAAAUAUCCAUUUCCACACCUUCUUCCCUGUCUACCCUUCCAAACCCCUGAGACAAACACUGGUGCAAUCCCAUAUCAAGACCUAGAGUUUUCAACUUCAAUAAACAUCUGAUCUUCCAGUUCUCGAAUCUCUCUUUUCUGGGGAUUCUAGCUCUAUGCUUGGGACGAAGAUUUGAUUGUUAGAUCACUCAGGGCCUUGGGAGUUUUGAACCAUGGAUGAUAUAGAAAAACCUUUGCUUGGCCCUGAAAAUUUCCACCGCGAUGCGAUUGACUUGGAGCGCUUGCCACUUGAAGAAGUUUUCGAACAAUUGAGAACUUCACAAGCAGGGCUUUCAUCAGAAGAUGCUGAAGCACGCAUGAAGAUUUUCGGCCUAAACAAGCUUGAGGAGAAGCCGGAGAACAAGUUCUUGAAGUUUCUUAGUUUCAUGUGGAAUCCUCUGUCAUGGGUUAUGGAAGCUGCAGCAGUGAUGGCAAUUGCACUUGCUAAUGGUGGAGGUCAGGGUCCUGACUGGCAGGACUUUGUGGGAAUUGUUUGUCUGCUGUUCAUCAAUUCUACAAUCAGUUUUAUAGAAGAAAAUAAUGCUGGGAAUGCUGCUUCAGCACUUAUGGCCCGUCUAGCUCCAAAAACAAGGGUCCUGAGAAAUGGGCAGUGGCAAGAACAGGAUGCUGCUGUUCUAGUACCAGGAGAUAUAAUCAGCAUAAAGCUGGGUGACAUUAUCCCAGCAGAUGCCCGCCUGCUUGAGGGAGACCCUCUUAAGAUUGAUCAGUCAGCUCUUACCGGAGAAUCUCUUGCAGUCACAAAGAGGACAGGAGAUGAAGUAUUUUCUGGUUCAACGUGUAAGCAUGGAGAGGUUGAAGCUGUUGUGAUUGCCACUGGUGUUCACUCUUUCUUUGGGAAAGCAGCACAUUUAGUAGACUCCACUGAAGUGGUUGGACAUUUCCAGAAGGUUCUUACGGCCAUUGGAAACUUCUGUAUCUGCUCGAUAGCCGUGGGAAUGAUUUUUGAAAUCAUUGUGAUGUUCCCUAUCCAACACCGUGCAUACAGAAGUGGAAUCAACAACCUUCUCGUUCUCUUAAUCGGAGGAAUACCCAUUGCUAUGCCCACUGUAUUGUCUGUUACACUCGCAAUUGGUUCUCACCGCCUUUCUCAGCAGGGUGCAAUUACCAAACGGAUGACUGCCAUUGAAGAAAUGGCUGGAAUGGAUGUGCUCUGCAGCGACAAAACUGGAACACUUACUUUGAAUCGUCUCACAGUUGACAGGAAUCUCAUUGAGGUUUUCAACAAAGAAAUAGACAGAGACAUGGUCGUCUUGCUUGCAGCCAGAGCCUCGAGACUGGAGAACCAAGAUGCCAUUGAUACAGCCAUCAUUAAUAUGCUUGCUGAUCCAAAGGAGGCCCGGGCAAAUCUCACAGAAGUACAUUUUCUGCCCUUCAAUCCCGUCGACAAGCGGACUGCGAUUACAUACAUUGAUUCUGACGGUAACUGGUAUCGAGCUAGCAAAGGAGCUCCUGAACAGAUACUAAAUCUAUGCCAAGAAAAACAUGAAAUUGCUGGAAGAGUUCAUGCCAUCAUUGACAAGUUUGCAGAAAGAGGACUGCGUUCACUCGGGGUUGCUUAUCAGCCUGUUCCUGAGAAAUCGAAAGAUAGCCCUGGAGGUCCAUGGACAUUUUGUGGGUUGUUGCCAUUAUUCGAUCCGCCUAGACAUGACAGUGCCGAGACUAUUCGUAGAGCACUAAACCUUGGGGUCUGUGUGAAGAUGAUUACAGGUGAUCAGCUGGCAAUUGCAAAGGAGACAGGACGGCGUCUCGGCAUGGGAACAAACAUGUAUCCUUCUUCAACGCUUCUGGGCCGUGACAAAGAUGAACAUGAAGCACUUCCCAUUGACGAGCUUAUUGAAAAGGCAGAUGGCUUUGCUGGUGUAUUCCCUGAACACAAGUAUGAGAUUGUGAAAAUCCUUCAAGAAAAGCAGCACAUCUGUGGAAUGACAGGAGAUGGUGUAAAUGAUGCACCAGCUUUAAAGAAAGCCGAUAUUGGAAUAGCAGUAGCAGAUGCUACAGAUGCUGCUAGGAGCGCUGCUGAUAUAGUCCUGACAGAACCUGGCUUAAGUGUUAUCAUUAGUGCUGUUUUAACCAGUCGCGCUAUAUUCCAAAGGAUGAAGAAUUAUACAAUUUAUGCCGUGUCGAUAACCAUAAGGAUUGUGCUUGGUUUUGCACUCCUUGCGAUGAUCUGGAAAUACGAUUUCCCUCCUUUCAUGGUUCUCAUAAUAGCCAUUCUGAAUGAUGGGACCAUCAUGACCAUUUCCAAAGAUCGUGUUAGGCCAUCUCCAAAACCAGAUAGUUGGAAGCUCAAUGAGAUCUUCGCAACAGGCAUUGUCAUAGGGACUUACCUUGCGCUAGUUACAGUUCUGUUUUACUGGGCCAUUCAGAGAACUACUUUCUUUGAGACUCACUUCAACGUGAGGUCUCUAAGCAGCAAUAGUGAGGAGAUAUCAUCUGCCAUAUAUCUGCAAGUGAGCAUCAUCAGCCAGGCUCUCAUUUUUGUCACCCGCAGUCAAGGUUGGUCGUUUAUGGAGAGGCCCGGGACCCUCUUGAUAUGUGCAUUUGUGGUGGCUCAGCUGGUGGCUACCUUGAUUGCAGUAUACGCACACAUCAACUUUGCUUCAAUCCAAGGCAUUGGCUGGGGCUGGGCCGGUGUUAUAUGGCUCUAUAGUUUGAUAUUCUAUAUACCCCUAGACAUUAUCAAAUUCACCGUUCGUUACAGUCUUAGUGGAGAAGCAUGGAAACUGUUGUUUGAAAGAAAGACGGCUUUUACUACAAAGAAAGAUUAUGGGAAGGAGGACAGGGAAGCAAAGUGGGUACUCUCUCAGAGGACUCUACAAGGGUCUAUCUCUACAGAUUUAGAGACCAACGGAAGGCGUUCCUCUCUAAUUGCAGAACAGGCCAGGCGACGUGCCGAAAUAGCCAGGUUGGGAGAAAUACAUACAUUAAGAGGACAUGUAGAAUCAGUAGUGAGGUUGAAGAAUCUGGACAUUAACGUAAUCCAAACAGCUCAUACGGUCUGAACCUGUGAAAUGGAAAUCACACCAGUGGUGGAGAAGUUCUCGCUUUCUUGCUUCCAAACCUUGGAAAUUUUGUAUGCAAGGCACACAGCUCAAACAGAGAUGCUUAGACAAGAUCUUCUUUUUUUUUUUUCAUAAUAGGUAAUGGGUGAAGUUGGAAUCUGUGACCUCAAUGUUAGAACUUGAGGUCAUCGCCACCACUAGAAGGCUCAAUUUAACUUGGACAAGAUUGGUAUCUGGAAAUAAUGAUGAAGAAGACAAGGGAUGGUGAUGGACAUGACAUUCCAAAUUCAAGAUUCACAAAUGAGUGCCGCAGAAUUCUUUCCACUUCAAAAAGAUCCUAUUCAGUUUGGAAGGUCUUUUUUCCAACAAAACAUACAUUUCUGUCUAUUUAUAGUUCUUUAUCCGAUAUUGACACAAGGCAUGAACUAUUUGUAUUGAGCAUUGAAUAAACCUUCUCCCUUCAUGAUCA